AUGCCGAAGUCGUGCGCGGCCUGGCAGUGCUGCAAUCGCUACAGCAGCCACAGGAAGCAGCUCACCUUCCCGCAGGUGAGGGAGAACACAGCCCCUGCCAGUGAGAGAGGAAAUGCCAGCUCUUCUCAGAAAGAAAAGGUCCUCCCUGAGGCGGGGGCCGGAGAGGACAGCCCUGGGAGAAACAGGGACACUGCGCUUGAAGAGCUUCAGUUGCCGCCAAAUGCCAAAGGCCCAAUAAAACAGAUCUCGCUUUGGAGGCCGCAAGCGGCAGAGGCUGUUGGCCGGCUAGCCGGCCCUGCAGGCUUGAGAAGUCCCCUCGACAAGCAGCCAUCUGAUCACAGCUAUGCCCUGUUGGACUUAGGUUCCCUGAAGGAAAAAACUCUUCCUCACUGUGAAGGAAAACUAAAAGCUCCAGAAGCGCUUGCAGGCCCAGAGGCUGGUGAAGCGAAGGAUGUCCAGCUGCCUCCGUGCCUGCAAAGGGCACUGGGGACUCCAGGUCAGACUUGGGCCAGAGCAGCAGAGCUGAGCCCCACAGGCUCCGGACGCAGAGGCGGUAGUGACACCAGGGCCGGCAGGGCUUUGGAGUUCUGGCUGUGGACGUUUUUGUCUGCUGUGGUCACUGAGAAAGUUGGCCGUGAGGACUGCCGGGCGGGGGAUUGAGACAGUAACCAAGCUCCCUGGCGAGAGCCCCGACGCCGUCUGGGGGACGUUUAGAGGCAUGGCACUAGGAGUGAGCAUGACAAGCUUAUCCUGCCAUGGUAACAGAAGUCCAGGCUGAGGCUGAUUCUGGACGCUGUCCUUUCAGCACGCGCAGAGUGAAGGUCGUUGGAAGCCCCAUUAUGGGAGAUGCUCCUCAGGGAGGAAGUCAUGUGAGGGGGCCGGCUCUGUGGCAGAUUUUUAGCAGAUGCUUCAAAAGCCAAUUUAGUAAUUGCAAAACAACCUUAUAUACUUCAGUGAAAUGCCAGAUGACCUAUGGAUGAUAUUCAAAUACAUUUUGAAGCCAGUUUUACAAGCUGAGACUCAUCACUCACCACCUGCAAUAAAGAUGAUGGCAUGGAAUAUAUUGGAGACCUAUAUGAAGCUUUGGCAGUUCAAAGGGUCAGAGAGACCCCUCAAAGAAAGAUACUGGCCUUGUUGAACAGCUGGACUGACAGGCCCAAGUGAAUGAACACCCGUGCCCCUGGAAACUGUGCAUCAGAGGAGAAAACAGAGAAACUUCCUUUGGGCCUGGCUGGGUAUUCAGUGACCAUCAGAUCAUUUCAUUUGGUUUUACUGUUCAGAAAAUCUGUCUGGCAUUUUACACUUUACUACACAACUUAUCCUUCUCAAGACUCUCUCCGUACCUGGCUUUUGGGACACUGCAGCUUCAGCUUUUGUUCUUGCCUACAGUCAUGUAAUGAGCAACAAAAAUUAAAACAAACAAAAAAAUGGAAAGAAUGUUCACACAAAAGGUAACAAGGGGUUUGAUGAAGGUGAUUACAUUUGAAACACGACAAGUAUAUACAAAGAAAAUGACUAGGAAGAAUACAAGCAAAGAUGCAUUUUGCAAUUCGUGCAUAUUGGAGCACUGACCACCUGCCUUGCAGAGUUACUGAGCCAUCUUGUCAUAGAGCCCUUUGAUGCACCAAAAUAGUGGAAACUGUCAGUUCCUCUGAGUCUGGUAAUUAGCUGAAAUUUACUCUUCAACACCCAUCUAUUCAGCAUCAUAAUGUUUCAUAACCAGUGACAUACUGUGCCUGCUUCAAACCUACUCUCUUCUCCGUCUUUAACCUUUUAAAGCUUUUAUUCUCCUUCUCACUUGAGUAUAAAACUUUUUUUCAGGAAAUCACCUUGCUUUUUUUUAAUUAAACAUUUUUUAUUUUCUUUGUUCUAACAAAAAUGUGUUCAUUUGUGGAUUUUUUGCCUUGUUGUAUUGUAAAUGUCAACAUUUAUGGCCUGGGAUGCAAACACUACACAUUAUUGAAUAAAAAUCAAUGGCUUAUU